GUGUACCAAAAUUCCCCAAAGAAAAAAUUGAGCCCCUUGAUGUGGAGCAUGGUGAUUCUGUGAUUUUGCACUGUAACCCCCCAAAGGGCAUCCCACCUUUGCAUAUCUAUUGGAUGAAUAUUGAUUUGCAGCACAUUCCUCAAGAUGAAAGGGUCUCCAUGAGCCUUAAGGGAGAUCUCUACUUUGCAAAUGUGGAAGAAAAUGACAGUCGAAGUGAUUAUUGUUGCUUUGCAGCAUUUCCAAGACUGAGGACGAUUGUGCAGAAAAUGCCAAUGACACUGAAGGUUUCCCGUUUUAAGCAUGCUAAUGACUCAGGCUCACCUAACGCUGCGGUUACUAAGGCAAAUUUUAUCAAGGAAAGAAAACCCAAACUGCUGAUCCCUCCUGAAUCUGCCGGCAGUAGCUCAUCAGUCACUGUCAUCAAGGGAGGUGUCCUGCUACUCGAAUGUAUUGCUGAAGGGCUCCCAACUCCUCAUCUAAGCUGGGUCAAGGUCACUGGAAACUUGCCCAAGGAUGAACCAGAAACAGAAAAUUUUGGGAAGAUAUUGAAGAUAGACCAAGUGACUGCAGCCGAUGAAGGAACAUACCAGUGCACAGCAAGCAACCCCAUGGGGAGAGCGAAGCACGAGUUCCACGUUCACGUGGAAGAGCCUCCUCGGUGGAUAAAGGAGCCCGAAGGUGGUGUUUACAGCAUAGGAACAAAUCUUGUGCUGCUCUGCGAAGCUAUCGGCAACCCUGAGCCAACCAUUCAGUGGAAACUUAACGGGAUGCCCAUCGAUAGUAGGACCUUCAGAGGGAGAAUCUCUACCAGAGAGGUCAGCCUUACCAACCUCCAGCUUCAGGACAGUGCUGUCUACCAGUGCGAGGCCAGCAACAAGCACGGCACCAUCCUUGCCAGUGCCAACGUGAACGUCCUCAAUAUUGCUCCCUUAAUACUGACCUCAGAUGGUGAAAACUAUGCCACAGUUGUGGGUUACAGUGCCUUCCUGCACUGUGAAAUUUUUGCCUCGCCUGCAGCAGAUAUUAGAUGGACUAAGGAUGACAGCAUAGAGCCACUUUCAACGUUACGCUAUGAGUUAAAUAAGAACGGCACCCUAGAGAUCAAAGAAACAAGGAAAGAAGACUCAGGAUCGUACGCUUGCUGGGCUGCAAACUCUGUUGGAAAAAGAGCAAUCACUGCUAAUCUGGAUAUAAGAGAUGCUACAAAACUUGUUGUUACUCCGAAGAACCCCCGAGUGUUGAAAUCGCAUUCAAUUUUAUUGAAAUGUCAAUCUGAGUAUGAUUCACACUUGAAACACAGUUUUAAAUUAUCCUGGAGGAAAGAUGGAGAUGAGCUGCCAGUCAACAGCACGGAAGAUGGCAGGAUAAUUCUGGACAGGGAUACACUGUUCAUAUCAAGCGUGACACUGGGGGAUCAAGGAGUUUACACGUGUGUGGCUCGCACUUCUCUGGACAGUGUUACAGCAGAAUCACAGUUAGUUGUUCUUGAUGUUCCUGAUCCGCCAGAAGACCUUCAGCUCUCAGAAAAUCAAAACCGAAGUGUUCGACUCUCCUGGAAAGCCGGGGCCAGUCAUAACAGCCCUGUUAAUGAGUCGAUUAUAGAGUUUGAAGAGAACCGGUGGGAGCCGGGGAGGUGGCAGGAGCUAACCCGAGCCCCGGGGAAUGACACCACGGCCCUUCUGUCACUGGCCCCGUAUAUGAAUUACCAGUUUCGCGUCGUAUCUGUGAACGCUGUGGGAAGGAGCCAGCCAAGUAAACCAUCGCUGCGCUAUGCGACACCUCCGGCUGCUCCAGACAAGAACCCAGAAGACAUCCGAGUUGAAGCUUCUGAACCAAAUGAAAUGGUGAUGAAAUGGGAG